AUGGAGCAAAAAUGUCAGCAACGAGCAUCUGUUCAGCACGAAGAACAGGCUCAGAACUUUGCGGCGCAUCAGAUUGCGACUUCGCAGUUGAUUUCCAUUGAUUUCGCAAAUGCCGUAGAAGCGAGUAGAAGUCGCGGGGCGCACAAAAGUCAUUUCGACACCAUCCACUCGUCCGCAUCGCAUGAGAUGCCGUACGAGAAUGCAGAGCCAACACGAGCCGGCGCUGCUAACUGGAAUGAAUGA